AGCAAUUUUGAAUAAAAUCUUUGAAAUGUCAAUAUCAAUUAAUUAGAUUAGCAAUAAAAAAAAUAAAAUUCCUUCUCGAAAAUUGAACGAAUGACGUUAAAUAGAGAGAACAUUAAGGAAUGAAAAGUCAUUAUUGAUCUCGUAGUGUUUGUUUAAUUGUUGAAUACUGAGUUUAUAGACUGAAAAUGAACCGACCAAUUAAUACCAAUACUGAAGCAAAUCAAUCAACAUCUCAGCAGCAAACACAGAAUGCAGCUACUGAUGGUCGAAAUUAUGCACGUGUUGGCAUCCGUCGAAAGAUGAACCGAAACAAUAGGACAUUUGCUCGGUUUUUAAAAGAAGACUGGAAUCAUGGACCAUUAGAUGAUUGGGGGUGGGGUUAUGCUUGGGGAUAUCGUCGUGCUCAAUAUCAUUAUAUGGAACGGAUCGAACGUUGUAUAUUCGGCCGAAAUCGAUUCUAUGGACGACGAACAUCAAAUGUAACGAGUAGUGGUGUUGGUACUACUUCUGGUGGUGGUCAGCCAAAAUCAUCCACAGCGGAUACAUCAUCAUCUCCUAUUGGAACUAGUUUAUCAUCCAGUUUAAGCGGUGGAAAACAACCACAGCCUUCGAUGUUACCACAAAGACAAUUUCCACAACGAACAAUGACAUCAGCUGUUGCUAAAGGUCAAAUGAUCGAAACGCAAAAGAUUUCCAUACAGAAUGAAUCCACUUAUUAUGGAAUAAAAAGCAAAGAUGGUGGUGUUGUUCCAAAAUCUAAACAUUAAAAAGUUUUAAUGUAAAAAAUGAUUAAUGGGAGAAACGCAAGUUUUUAAUCCUGUGUUUUUUUUAAUGAAUUGUACCAUUAAAUUAAGAGAACUUGCUUAAAUAA